UUGGCUGUCAGGUUACAACCACAAGUUGAGUUCAGCACAAACUAGUGGUUAAAAAAACAGUCGACUUCCACUGGAGAUAGUGCUUGUGGUUUCUUUAAUAUGUCGCCUUGUAAGUUUGUUUCUUUCGGUUCUUCGUGUAUAGAAUAUAGGCUGUGUGCUCUUAAGUUCAGUCACUGCUGCUCACGACAGAGUCCCGUACACGAGCGCCGUUAACGUUACUCUCAGCUGCCGCGGUCAGGACCAAACGCUCGGAAGAACUCAUUUCAGCAAAGGAGAAUUGUCCGCUGAGCCCGGUGGAUCGCGCGCCGCAUCCUCGCGGCUCCGUAACCAUGGGCAACCGGGGGAUGGAGGAGCUCAUUUCGCUGGUGAACCGCCUGCAGGACGCCUUCAGUGCCAUCGGACAGACCUGCGACCUGGACCUGCCGCAGAUCGCGGUGGUCGGGGGUCAGAGCGCAGGCAAAAGCUCUGUCCUGGAAAAUUUCGUGGGCAGAGAUUUCCUGCCAAGAGGCUCAGGAAUUGUUACAAGGAGACCGCUUGUCCUUCAACUCAUCAGUUCAACUUCAGAGCAUGCCGAGUUUCUGCACUGUAAAGGAAAGAAGUUUACAGACUUUGAUGAUGUCCGACGGGAGAUCGAAACAGAGACAGACAGAGUCACGGGAACAAAUAAGGGCAUAUCCUCCAUUCCCAUCAACCUUCGUAUCUGCUCUCCAAAUGUUUUGAACCUCUCUCUGAUAGAUCUUCCAGGCAUAACUAAAGUACCAUCAUGCCAUCGCACCAUCGGUGUGAUCACUAAGCUGGAUCUGAUGGACAAGGGCACAGAUGUCAGGGACGUGCUGGAGAACAGGUUACUGCCACUACGCAGAGGUUAUGUUGGUGUGGUAAACCGUAGUCAGAAGGACAUUGAGGGAAAAAAGGACAACAGUGCAGCUCUGGCUGCAGAAAGACGGUUCUUCAAGUCACAUCCUGCAUAUAGACAUAUGGCAGACUGCAUGGGCACUCUGUACUUACAGAGGCUCCUAAACCAGCAACUUACCAACCACAUUCGUGACACAUUACCAGCAUUACGCAGUAGACUACAGGGUCAGCUUCUGUCACUGGAUAAAGAGGCAGGGGAGUACAAGUGUUUGAACCCAGAUGACCCCUCGCGAAAGACCAAGGCCUUAAUGCAGCUGAUACAGCACUUUGGGCUAGAUUUUGAGAAGCGGAUCGAGGGAUCUGGGGAUCAGGUGGACACAGUGGAGCUUUCAGGAGGAGCCAAAAUCAACCGCGUCUUUCAUGAACGUUUUCCCUUUGAGCUUGUUAAGAUGGAGUUUGAUGAGAAAGAAUUACGAAGGGAGAUCAGUUACGCCAUUAAAAAUAUCCAUGGCAUCAGGACAGGCCUGUUCACACCCGAUAUGGCCUUUGAAGCCAUAGUGAAGAAGCAGAUUGUGAAGCUUAAAGGGCCGUGUCUCAAGUGUGUAGACAUGGUGAUUCAGGAGCUCAUCAACACAGUACAACAGUGUACCAACAAGUUAGAGUCCUUUCCAAAACUACGGGAGGAGACGGAGAGGAUAGUGACCACACACAUUCGGGAACGAGAGAGUCAAGCCAAAGACCAGGUUUUACUCUCACUAGAGAUUCAGCUCUCUUACAUCAACACAAACCAUGAAGAUUUUAUUGGGUUUGCAAACGCUCAACAGAAAACCAAUCAAACGAGUAAGAAGCCUUCAGCAGGGAACCAGGGUGCUGCCCCUCCUCCAUCCAGUCAAAUUGUGAUUCGCAAGGGCUGGUUAACCAUCAACAACAUCAGUCUGAUCAAGGGAGGGGCCAAGGAGUACUGGUUCAUGCUCACCGCAGAGAGUCUGUCCUGGUUUAAAGAUGAUGAGGAAAAAGAGAAGAAAUACAUGCUUCCUCUGGACAACCUGAAGGUACGAGACAUAGAAAAAGGCUUCAUGUCCAGCAAACAUGUGUUUGCCAUCUUUAACACAGAGCAGAGGAACGUGUAUAAGGACUACAGGCAUCUGGAGCUGGCCUGUGACACUCAGGACGAGGUGGACAGCUGGAAAGCCUCUUUGCUGCGAGCUGGGGUUUACCCAGAGAAAACCACAGUGGAUGGAGAGGGUUCAGCUCAGGCGGAGAGCUUCUCCAUGGACCCUCAGCUAGAACGUCAGGUCGAGACCAUCCGCAACCUGGUUGACUCAUACAUGAGCAUCGUCUACAAAAGCAUCCGCGACCUGAUGCCCAAGACCAUCAUGCACCUUGUCAUCAACAACGUAGAGGAGUUUAUCCACUCCGAGUUGCUGGCUCAGUUGUACUCCUCAGGAGAUCAGUACUCUCUGAUGGACGAGUCUCCUGAACAGGCCCUGCGCAGAGAGGAGGUGCUGCGUACUCACACUGCCCUGAAGGAGGCUCUAAACAUCAUCACUGACAUUUCCACCUCUACAAUCUCCACCCCGUUGCCACCCCCAGUAGAUAACUCCUGGCUCCAUAGUGGCUCUCUUCGCCGAAGGUCUCCUCCAGGUUAUAGUGUCCCUAAAAAGCAUCCUGCUCCUCCUGCUCCUUCUCUACCAAUUCACUUGGAAGCUCCUGCCCCACCAGUCUCCAACAGCAUAGACACCACGAACACUACCAGCCGCCCCAAACGAGUCCCUCCUAGUGUUCCCAGGAGACAGCCACCGGCGAUGCCCACUCAACAGCUACACUGAGACACAAAUGCCCACCUGUGAGAGAAAAAGCACCAACGACAAGAUCUGCUUGAAUUGUCAUUAAGAGGACAGCAAAGAUUCACAUCUUAGACACAGUGGAAAACUAUCAAAACAGAUUUGGAGAUAGCAAAAGUCUU